AUGUCGUUGUUGCUUCCCGAUUCAGACAGCCGCGAGACUUCAAGACGCCUCCAGCCCCCUCGCAGAAGGGAGAAGUGGAGCAUCGGAGCACUCGAUCGCGGUGGAGCAGAGGAGGCGUGGAGGAGAGGAGGCGUGGAGGAGAGGAGGCUUGGAGGAGAGGAGGCGUGGAGGAGAGGAGGCGCGGAGGAGAGGAGGCGCGGAGGAGAGGAAGCGCGGAGGAGAGGAGGCGUGGGGGAGAGGAGGCGCGGAGCAGAGGAGAGGAGAGGAGGCGUGGGAGGAGAGGAGAGGAGGCGCGGAGCAGAGGAGGCGUGGAGGAGAGGAGGCGCGGAGCAGAGGAGGCGCAGAGGAGAGGAGGCGCGGAGGAGAGGAGGCACGGACGAGAGGAGGCGCGGAGGAGAGGAGGCGCUAAGGAGAAUUCCUGCCGAGGAGGAGGAGCAGAGGAGAUGCAUCAGGGGAGGAGGAGCAGAGGCGAUGCAUCAGAGGAGGAGGAGCAGAGGAGAUGCAUCAGAGGAGGAGGAGCAGAGGAGAUGCAUCAGAGGAGGAGGAGCAGAGGAGAAGCAUCCGAGGAGGAGGAGAUGGAGCAUAGGUGGAGCAGAGGAGGUGGAGAAGCAAAGGAGUUGGCUCAGCCGAGGAGCAGCAGAAGAGGAGACGAGGAGCAAAGUAGCGAUGGAGCGAAGAAGCACAGUGGUGGAGUAA